AUGACUGCAAGAGGAAAAUAUCAUGAAUACCUUGAGUCCGUCUUCCCAGCCACGUCCUGGCGAAUUCAGGACAUCAACGGCGGCUGUGUCAAUACAACCCUUCGAGUCGUGAAAACGUCAGGCACUGCGACUGCUGAAAGUUUCAUUCUCAAGCAUGCGCGACCCAGUUUUGGUGAGCCUGGAUAUAUCCAAGAAUUUUCGCUCAAGCGACAAGAAAUCGAAAGGGCGGCUUUAGGACUAUGGGACGUUGGCAAGCCUCUAUACGACCGGAAGGAGGAUGAGUCCAGCCGCUGGCGAGUGCCAAAAUGUAUUCGGCAUGACAUGGGAGCAGAGUCCCGAUUGGGACUGACGGACAAUGACUCGGAAGCGUCGGUGCUGCUCAUUGAAGAUCUUGGGGAUGUGCAAGACAUCAUGAGCUAUUUGGAGGAUUGUGCCAAAUUGCCGGCACUGCCACCAAACUUGGAGGCGCAUAUAUUCUCUGCAGGGCAGUCUUUGGGUACUUCUCUGGCAAAAUUGCAUAGCCAGAAGACGCUUGCCGAAAUAGCGAGACAUCCGAGCACAAUGGCUGUCUUUUCGCAAUCCCUCACUGACCAUCUCGUAUGGAGCGCCAUGCUGGACUCGCUCCCUGAAUAUUUGUCAUCUUUUGAGGAUGGAAAUGAACUCUAUCAACGAGUCGAGAGCGAUUUCAAGACUGCUCAAUACGAUUAUUCACUCGUCUUGUGCCACGGCGACUUUCACACUGGAAACGUCAUGGUAUCCUCAGCAAGCGCAAGCCCAGCAGCCACGGCGGUAAUCGACUGGGAAUUCGCCCACUUGGGACGGGGCGUCAAUGAUGAUGCUGCGAAGUUCACAGCGAGUAUUCACUGCAUACUGAUCGAUGCGCGGCGUGGAAACAAGAACGAGACACUCACCAAUUUGCUGCGACGCCUCAUUUCUGGCUUCUGCUCUGGCUACCGGGAGACUGCUCAGCGCCGGUAUGACGCAAAGAACCCCGACGAUGCAAACUUGCAGCUUUUGCGAUCGGCCAUGUUAUUUCACGGGACAGAAAUGAUUGUCUUUGCCAGCGAGUUCAUCCCGGAUAGUGCGGCGCUUCAAGAGAUUCUUUCGGUUGGGGCCUGGUAUUUGAGGCGGUCUUGUGCUGAUGCCAACGCAUUUGCAAAACAGAACUUGGCCGUGCUGGCAUUGGAAGAAGAUGAGAGAAUCAUGGGUUCACUGUUUCUGAACUGA